AUGGACACCCAACGACAAACUUACAAACAACUGUGUAUGGUUGAUCAGACAACGGCGCCGCAGCUGCAGACGGACAUUCCAUUGGAACAGCACGCUGCAAUUAUCUACACUAGGAAAAAAUUUCUAGAAGUUCAGAUUGAGAUUGUGGAGGCUGUUAACCGUUGCUGCAUAAAGACUAUGGACAUUGAUGAAGAACAACAUAGGUACGCUAUAGAUGAUAGAUCUAAUGGUGUAUUUAAUGUUGUUCUUACUAUAUCUGAAGACACCAUUACAUGUUCGUGUAAGCAUUUUGUCAAGUCAGGGCUUCCCUGCAGGCACAUGUUCUUUGUAAUGCGUAACAUUGGGCUGAAAGAAAUCCCAUCCAAGUACAUUGUCCAUAGAUGGCUUAAGGUUGCUAGCUCAACCAUUCUAUCUUGUUUCAACACUAAAUCACCCCAUAAAUCAUUGAUGGCUGAGGCAUUCCGUUGUGUUGGUAUUGCUGAAGGGGAUGAGGCUUUAACUGAUUCACUAUUGGAACACUUGAGACUUUGGGCAGACACCCAUUCAAAGGAUGUACCAGAGCCAUCGUCUGCAGCGGGGAAGAAAAAAAUGUUUGAGAUGUUUUACGGGUCCAAGCCCCCAAGUUUAGUUACUAUUCACCCACCUGACGCUGUCAAAACGAAGGGCAGCGGUAAGAGGCUCAAGUCAAGAUUUGAGAUAGAGACCGAGAAAGCGAAGAAACCUAGGAGAAGGUGCAAGAAAUGUGGUCGCCUUGUUCGACAUGAUUCGCGUAAUUGUGGCAAGGUUGUUGAGGAAGAUAGCGAAAAUGAGUGA